AUGAACUAUGCUUUUUGUGAGGUAUGUUCUCUCUUUUCUCCGCUGGAAUGACCUUCAGUUCUCCAACCGAACUCCUCUCAGUUCAGUAACUUGCUCACUCACUGGCGCCUACUAUCGUCUGAAUGCAUUCAGCUUUCGGUUUCCAGUCAUCCUCUCAGUUAUCUUGGAUAUACACACCCCGGGGGGGGGGGGUGGUGGGGGUACUUGGAUUAAUUUUUGCUGGGUAUGUGCCGCUGGCCUCCCAGAGCCCCUACCCCAUUAUAGUCUAUUUUGUGGCGAUUUAUACACCCCAUCUUAGUCACUUUUGAGCAAAUACGUAAUUUUCGCGAUCCCAACUUUCUAUUUACGUAAUUACCUUAUAUUGAAUGAAGAACACUUUACUUUUCACCUACAGUACAAACAUUCUGGUACGUUUGCUUACCGUGAAUAUGAAGAACUGUCUUGCCCCAAAAAUCAGAAAAUGCGCGACCCCAUUCUAGUAACUCUAGUGAAUCCAGUCGUGAAAAUGCGCCCCCAUCCAGCGGCACAUCCCCAUUAGCCUCUUAUAAGGAAGUACCCCCGUUAUGUACACGAAAGUGAUUCCCAUAUUCAACUCCCAAGACCUGCUUUGAACUGAAAUAACAAAAUUGUCAUUCUCCUACAGCUGGGAUGUCUUUUGAAAAUUUCCUGUCCUCUUUUAAACGUUUCUUUUAUUUAAUAUUUCACACUAGCCUUGACUAAUGCUUCAAUUUUCGCUUUCUCACUUGUUUUUUUCUAAGGAUGUUGUCUUCAAAAAGCAUUACAAUGAUUCUCCUGAAGUCUUGGUGUGUGCAAACCAUACAACGAGCGGAGGAAACCUUAAUCCAUUGUACAACUCCAUAUCAGCUUGGGCUGAGGUUAGAAAUUAUUUUAAAAUGAAAGAGCGAUUUUUCAAUCAAUAAGCGUUAUAAAUUUUGAUUUUAUUUUUUUCUUAACAAAGGUCUUUCCAUAGCUUUUGGCAGCCAGUUCUCUCUGAUUACUGCGUCUUUUCUCUGUCAGUACAUAAACAAGACCGGUUUUAGAGCCUGCGUGAAGGAGCUGUUUGUACAACAACAUGAUCCUCUGUCAGUAUCAUAUGCAGUCUUACCAGGUGAGAAAGCUUUGAAAUUCCGUUACGAUGUCACACGGCAUACUGAUAACUGAUUAUGAAACUAUCUUCAAUGACUGACUGGUUUUUUUGGCAUAUAGCCACUGCAAACUACAAAUUACUCUUAAAAUAGGUUGUAGAGAAAGCCCCGUUUGUUUUUUUGGUUUCCACAAUGAGACAGUUCUUGAAUAUCCACUUUAUUCUACCCCUGAAACUAAUCUGCUCUCCUCUACUGCUCGCACGCAUAUUUGCUUACUGGUAGUCUUUUAUGUCUAAAGCACAAAUUUUAUCAGUUUUUCUGUUUGGAUCACUGUUACCGUCUCCGGAGCAAAAUAAUUACUUACUUUUUUCACGUCCAGUCUUUUAUAUCGGUGAGAUUUUAUAAAAGUACCUAAAUAUGGAUUUUCCACCUGCUAGCAUUCCUUUACUAUCCUGCCGCUUUGACUAAUAUCUAUUUAUUGUAAUUUUUUAAAAUGUUAUUCCGAAGUGAGCCCUCUUGAUGAGUUUUUUACUCUUUGGGCAAACUUCGUCAAUAAAAUAUGGUUACUGUAAAUAAUAAUAAUAAUAAUAAAACUUCUUUGGUUUUGCGAGAGUAGUCACUAUAUUUGGUCUUUUCUUUAGAGCUAGAGGGAAGACUUAUCUCUAAGCUUAUUUCCCUUCAUUUUUGUGUCCUAAAGAUGUUUGUCCAACUGGAUGGAGCUUCUACAACGGUUCCUGUUACUUUACCAGUGAAAAAUGUGAGACAUGGACCAACGCAAGUUUAAUCUGCCGAUCAAUGGGGGCUAAUCUACCUGCCAUUGAAAGCCAGGAAGAAAAUGUCUAUAUUCAGCACAGGCACAACGGUGAUAAGGCGUGGAUUGGUUUGAAUGAUAUUGCCACUGAAGGAGUGUUCGCUUGGGUGGAUGGAUGUCCUUUUAAAUUCCGCUACUGGGCCCAGAAUCAACCAAACAACUUUAGAGGGGAAGACUGUGUACACACCCUUGGACUAGGGCAUGGGUACAUGUGGAAUGAUGUAGAUUGUUCAGCUUGCCAUCAAUACACUUGUAAAAAAGGUAGAUGUUUUUUAAUG